UUCUCAUCAGACAAUCUCUCUCUCUCUCUCUCUCUCCAACGCUCAUAUCUCAUCUCGAUUCCCCGGUGCACGCUUACCACUGGCCAAACCUCCCACCGCCGGCCAUGUCUGAUUUCUUUUGUUUUAUAUCUCCAUAUAAUAUAUAUGCACUAUUACCUUACUGGUGCGAGUGGUACUAAUUGAUGAAAUAGUACUAACGAAUACUACUAGAUAGCAUUAAUAGCAGCAGCUAGCCGUAAUGGAGGCUGGGGAAGAGGAUAUCUCAGCAGCAGCAGCCAACCUGCGUAACGACGCCCACCAGCAGCAGCAGCAACCGCCCGUCUCAUCCUCCAAUAUUAUCAGCGUUGAUAACAAUAGCGUCAUCAAUCUCCAUAGCCUCACCCACCUCACCGAUUACCUUCCUCACCUCCAAACCCACGUUAACCCCUUGGACUCCAUCCCUUUCUUUCACCCAAUCUCCGGCUUCUACCUUUCCCCAACCGACGUCAUCUUUCGCAACAUCCUCUUCGACCUCUCUCUCUCUGCUGGGAGCUCAGGCUCAGCAACCCACCACCUGCAGCAGCUGGACGCCUACCACAGAGCCGGCCCCCGUAAGCACAUCUACUUCGAUCACUCCCACGUCCGCGCCGCCAUCGUCACUUGCGGAGGCCUGUGUCCCGGAAUGAACACCGUCAUCAGGGAGCUGGUGGUCGGGCUCUGGGACCUGUAUGGGGUCCGCCACAUCUUUGGCAUUAAAUCUGGGUAUCGGGGCUUUUAUUCCGCUUCUACUGAUCCCGUCCCACUCUGUCCCAAUAUGGUUCACGACUUGCACAAGAGGGGUGGCACCGUGCUGGAGACCUCCAGGGGUGGUUUUGAUCUUCAUCUCAUUGUGAAUGCCAUUGAAAAUCGUGGAUAUAAUCAGGUUUACAUUAUCGGUGGAGAUGGCACAAUGCGUGGGGCAGUAAAAAUAUUUGAGGAAAUAAAGCGGCGGAAAUUGAAGAUAGCAGUUGCUGGAAUUCCUAAAACAGUGGACAAUGAUGUCGGGGUGAUUGACAGAUCGUUUGGGUUUCAGACGGCGGUAGAGAUGGCCCAGGAAGCAAUCAGCGCAGCUCAUGUGGAGGCAGAGAGCGCAGUUAACGGCGUAGGGUUGGUGAAGCUGAUGGGGCGCAGCACAGGGCACAUUGCACUCCACGCAACUCUAAGUAGCCGGGACGUGGAUUGCUGUUUAAUCCCUGAAAUUGAGUUUUACUUGGAAGGGAAAGGAGGGCUGUUUGAGUUCCUGGAAAGCCGGCUGAAACAGAAUGGGCAUGCAGUGUUGGUGGUAGCAGAGGGAGCUGGACAAAAUCUAAUACCCAGAAGUAAAGAAGCUGCUGAAGGACAGGCGGGGAAGGAUGAAUCCGGGAACGCGGUGUUGUUGGAUGUUGGUGGGUGGUUGAAAUCGGAGUUGAAGAAGUGGUGGGGGAGGGAUCACCCGGAGGAGGAGCUGUUCACCGUCAAGUACAUAGAUCCUACGUACAUGAUCCGUGCGGUGGCGGCGAAUGCAACGGAUAAUUUGUACUGCACUCUAUUGGCGCACGCAGCCAUCCACGGAGCAAUGGCCGGCUACAGUGGGUUUGUGUGCGGGCCGAUUAAUGGGAAUUAUGGGUAUAUUCCGGUUGAAGAGGUGGCGGGGGCCAACAAUGUGGUCGACACGAAUGAUCAUAAGUGGGCUUGGGUUCGAUCCGUUAACAAUCAACCUGAUUUUAUGCGGACCUGAUUCAUUGACUCUUUGUAUCUCCAUCAUCUAUCAAGAGCGCAUUUGAUACUACUUGCAAGCAAUUUCCCUUUCCGGGGGAAGUUUUUUUUUUUUUUUUUUUAAAGUCUUCAACUCUUACUCCUAUUUUAAUCUUGUACAUUAAUUAGGAGGGGAUUUUGAAUAAAUAGGGGUUGUUGAAUUGAGUAAAAUUGUUGGGAUGCGAUUCACCUGUUCGUGCCUCCAGUUCAGUAAAGCACAGGUGAUGGCUUGUCAGUUGUCACUCACUCCUCUUAUAGGGGUUGGCAUUUUUAUUUCCUUUAUAGUUUGUACCCAUGGCUUGGCAACUGAAUGGCCUGCAUGAAGGAAAAGGGUAGUGUGAAAUUGCACCUGAAAGAAAGAAAGAGAGGGUUUGGGGACCAUACCCCCAUCAUGUCUUCUUCUCUGUAAUUAAAUAAAGUGAUC